CCCCGAUUUCUUGUUCAACUUUGAACCCAGAGGCCUUCGCGUUGAGGCGAACACACGGCGCCAUGGCGCAGCCGCAAACUUUGCAAGCGCGAUAUGGGAAGAUCCACCAUUCGACAAGCCGGCCUACUCCGGCCGUCCCCAGGCCACCCCCUGUGAGGACCAUUCAGAACGUUGCCAGCUUUGCUGACUUCUACGACAUGGGCAAGGAAGUCAUGCCUUCGACACAUAGGUACAUGAAGGUGAACUUUGCCACACGGAAGUCAAACAAGCAAGAGGUUGUGGUGAAGGUGCGGUUUAAGCCCAGCUGCUUCCGAAGCCGACAGGAUGAGAAGAACUGGCGUCAAAAUACCGAGUUUCUACUGAAUCUACCUGAUAGUUUGGGCGUUGCCCAUGUCUACGAGGUCAUAGAGGACCCCACAGCCUUCUACAUCGUGAUGGAGAAGGUUGGGGGCCUCGACCUCUUCGAAACCCUGGAGCAGAUGCGGAAGAUCCCGGUGACCACCACCAGGGAGAUCAUGCGGCAGCUACUAGAGUCUUUGGUGUUCUUGCACUCCCACUGCGCAGUGCACAAGGACCUCAAACUGGAAAAUGUCAUGAUCGACUGCGGCGAUGCUUUGAGCAAGUCGUCCAAGUCUUUGUCAGGGGCCAACCUCCAAGCUGUGAAGGUCAUUGACUUUGACACCGUAGAAGCCUGGUCACCGGCCAAUGCCAACGCAAAGGACGUGGUUGGCACGGAUCAGUACAUCGCACAGGAAGCGUAUGCGGGGAAGUACUCGCCCCUCUCAGACAUUUUUGCCUGCGGGGUCAUUCUGUACAGACUGCUCACAGGAAAGUUCCCGUUUCACGACGACAUGUUCGAUGAUGAGGCGGGCGAGAAUUGGGUGGGCUCGCCCAAGAUGGCCCAGAUUCGCCGAAGGCUGAAAGUGGCCAAAGUGGACUUCUCCAAGGAAGUCUUUCAGGAGAACAGUGAUGCAUGUGACCUAGUCAUGAGAAUGCUGGCGUACCAAGAGAAUCAAAGACCCACUGCCUCUGCGGCGCUGGAGCACCCAUGGUUCCAGGAAAGCAAGGCCGCACCUCCAUUUCCGCCUGACAUUCAGGAGAGCUUAUUGAGGAUGGCAUCGUGGUUGCCGAGGUGAGUUAGACCUUCCGUUUCAACGCUAUGCGACGAUCGAAUACGUUGUAUCUUAUAGCUGC